UGGACCCGCGACAAACCAGCGGCCCGAGCCGAGCGUCUUCCGCACGUCUUCCUGGUGGCAAAGCUCCCCACCCUCUUAAGGUGUUGGCUCGGCACGUGACGUGUUCCCAGCGCUCGCGAACCUUCAGGUCGCGUCGCGGCGCUCCGAGGUGUCGGAGGUCACUGUCCCUGAAAAACAAGCCGCAGCAGGAGCCGCCGGCGGGCGUGUGCGGAGGCUCCGGGCCUCGCCGAGCCGCCCGGACGCCUCACCUGACGGAGAGCGAAGAGCCGAGCAGACGCGCAGCUGUGGGACCACCGGGGUCACUUCCCGGGAAUGCGCUUCCCCGGUGUGCUGAUGGUGCAGGACCUUCUCCGAGGGAGACAGCUGCGGCAAAAAUAUACAAUUCACCUGUUGGGAGUCAACCAGUUGCCAGUGUGCUUGUUCCUAAGCCGGCCAUCAUGAGGGAGGAGAGUGGCAUGCCUCCCCCCUGGGACGCUUCCCUGCUGGAGAGUGAGUUUUUUCAAGUUUUAGAUGAUUUGGAUAGCAAGCUGGCUCAGGAGCAAUCUGCAGGCCUGGUGAAUACCAGAGCGCCAUUCAGCUACGCAUCAAGAACACAGUUCAAGUAUUCUCACCCGAGUAGGAGCAGGCACGGUCACGUCACAGGAAGACAUCAAAACUACCUCAGUGAAACUUCCAACAUGUCUAUCUACGACAUCCUGAGACCAGGAACUCCUAGAGAAGGCUUCAAAACCUUUUCUCCCAGGACAAAGACAAUUUAUGAUAUGUACAGGACCAGGGACACCAGAGUCUUAAAAGAAGAUUUCAUGCAAAAGAAUACGUUUGGUAGUACAUCUCUGUGCUUCGACAGCCGGCAAAGAUCAGCCUCACCAGCUGCCAGGCGUUUUACUGCCAGAAGUUUACACUUCCCAGCCGAUACUCAAAACAAGAGUAGUUUUACUCCACUGAGGCACCAGCAAAGCCCCAAAAGGACGCCUUUAUCAUCAAUCAUAUGGAACAGGUCAGAUUUUUCUAGACAUAGACAGGAUCUGGAAGGGCCACCAGGGGUCCCAUCACCAAUGGACAUUGACCCUCCUGAUCAGUAUGUAUCUCCUAAGUGUUUUCAGGAAAGUAGGAGGUAUGGGUUGUACCAUUCGCAGAACGCUUACCAGAGCUACCCUGUAAGCACUCCCAUGGAUAAUGCAAUGGGUCUUGAUGUGUUGGAGGACUCGGAGAAUGUGCCAUUCUACCAGCAGCAUAACCCAUCUGAGAGGUCUUUCUUCUGCAGUUCCUUGAGACAGAGCAGAGAGCACAGAUUUGGACAGAAUUCUUUUUGGAGCCAACAGGAAGAGCAUUCUUCCUGGUCUGACUUUCCCCAUGGCAGGCAGCCAUUUCCUUCUUCUGAGAAGGACUUCGAAAUGAUUUCCGUUGAAGCAACCAGGGCACCAUCUGUCUGCAGCCAUGGUGUCCCUUCUCAGCACUGGAGGCCGCGUUCUCCUGGCUAUGGACCAUAUGUGUACAGAGGUCAAGAAGAUCCACAUUGUUGGCGAUCUGAUUUUCAAACGUCCCCACUGGAAAGCAUGGACACCUCACAUGUUAAUGAGAACCAUUUGCCACCCCAUUUUGUCACAGCAGAUGGCUUUUCCGUAGCUGGCUCAAGCUUCCAUGUCCAGUCUUGUAGGCUGGACUCUCAGCAGGACCACUGUCCUAUAGCUGCAGCUGUAGAUGAAGAGCCUUGUUUGUUCAGCAAAGCUCGGACUCUAGUGUCCGCAUUCAGACCUCCCUCCCCCCUCAUUCCUGACUGCCGAAGGGAGGCUCGGAGUCCCAGCUUCCAGAAUCCCACAGUUCCUUUGCAGAAAAUAGUCUCUAAUAAGCCAGACUCUCUUCCAAUAAGAAGCUGUACAGAAGUUACUGUAGCUUGUGGCCAGUCGACUGAAUCACUGUCUCUUGCUGACACCCAGUCCAACAUCCCAGUGAUAGAAAUGGACAGUGAAAAAGAUACAAAUGAAUCUAUUCCAGAGGAUGAACAGCUAAACAGGAGCAGCCAGAAAAACAAGCCAAGUGGGUUACCCCAACCUGCUUCACAGAUAGUGAUCUCUAAUGAUUUACCUGAUUUUCAAAGCGCCCCCUCCCAGGACUCAACCCAAAAUGACAGGUAUAUCUUUAAUGCAUCUGCCACAGAGAGUUCCAGAAGAUCACCCAGGGUCUUUUCCAGGAAAGGUACAUCCGAAAUUCAUACAACACAAAGAGAUAAAGGCCAGGAACUGAGCAAAAGUAAGUGUUUUCCUGGGAACAGGAAACUUGACUCAGCAGCUUCCCUGCCUUUUGUCCAAGAAAGCGGUACAUCACCAUCUCAUCCCAACCCAAAUCAAGAUUGUUACCAGACAACAGGAAGUCAUGAAGACACUUCAAGCAUCAUUAAAAACAGCCACUGGUGCUUUGAACCCACUGCUAACCAAAAGCCACAGUCCCCAGAGGAGCCCGCUCUUUUAGACCUUGAGCGACAGCGAUACCCUUUCACUCAUUCUGCCAAUGGCAGUAAGCUGGCUGCUGGGCACACCGUCUCACAAGGCCUUUCAGGUGUGUCGUCAGGGGCACCCCAAGAUUCCUUACCACUGAAUGAGUCUUUCCAGGAUGCCCUUCUGGCACCUUCCACUACAGUGUUCUCCAGGGGCCUUUCCGACCAAGACCCAUCUCAAGAACAGAGAGAAGAAAAAGACAAGGCUAUGAAGAACCGCAAUGAUCAGUUGGCUGUAAAUUCUGGAGGCAGCCAGGAGAAUCCUGGUGGUCCUGCACUUACGCAUGGUGCUGUCCUCUGCCAUCCAUACUCUCCCUUCAGAAAUGGGAGGGGGAAAGGAAGAGUAAGACGCCGCAUUUCCUGUAUUGAGGAGCUAACCAAAACAGAGAGCAGAGCAGCACCCACAGGCAAAGGCAAUAGCCUUGCUGAGGACCAAAGCAAUGUCAGAGCCCCUGAGCUCAGCUCAGUCUACUGCACCUUGCCGAGAAAAUCAGCCAGCUUCCUCACACACAGCAGACAGCCGGAAAGUAAGGUAAUGGCUGCUUCCGUCAGGAAUGGGCCGCUUCCGUUCCAAGUGAAAAAUAAAGCGGAAGUCCCCACUGGGAAGAGUGCAUCUGACAAACCCGGUUCUCCUGAGUCAGUGAGUGAUGCUUCAAAUUCAGUCGUGGGGACACCCGAAGCCACCAAGAGAAUGACAGAUAUGAAAGCCAUCAGAUCGGCUUCUCUUAGGAAGGGGCCGCUCCCUUUCCUCAUCAAGAGGGCAACAUCAUGUCCCUCGGGGGAGCCAUGCACCUUGGCUGGAAGUGGUGAGAGAGAAACGUCACCAGCCCUGGACAGGGAUGCUUCUGCUGUAACACCCAGGCCUGGGGGCACCAUCUUUAACUCUCUGGAGGGUGAGUCAGCAUUUGGAGCGAGUACUUUCUCCGAAAGACACAACCAAAAGGAAUUUGCUCUAGAACACCCUGGAAAGGAUGGUGAGACUCCUGCCCCCAGGAUGAGCUCAUUUACCCUUUCAAACAAAAGCCCAGAGCCUUUGUGUGUAGUUGGAUCAGAAAAGGAGCGUGGGAAAGCAUUACAUAAGUUUAAGACGACUAGCAUGUUUUCUGUUUCCGGGGAUGAAGAGAAUGUGAAGUGUCUGGAGGUAGUUUCAAUAUAUUACACUCUACCAAGGAAGCCCAGCAAGAAGUUCUGCAACCUCCUUCAGCAGUACACACAUGAUACCGAUUCACUCCGGGACGCUUUUCAGGGAGAGGCUAAAGCAUUUCCUAAUGCUUUAGAAAGUGAUGAGCUGAACUCUCCUGCGCAAGUGCAGUCCCGAAUGCCUCUACUGCAAGACCUAAAGUUGCCCGUUGACUCUGCUCCGUGCUGUCUUUCUCACGACUUGGACAAUCAGGCUGGCUCCCAAUUACCAAACAUGGAGGCCUCCAAAUCUACAUUAGAGGAAACAGCUUCUUCGAAGCCAGAUGUUUCUCUUCAUAAAGGAGAACCUAACACAGAAGAGAUGUUCCCAAGUAACUUAUCUGAAACAGCUGCAGAUGACUCACUAAGCAGGAAGGAGAGAGGUGGGGAAUUGCUAAAACAAACCCAACAGACCCCUUUACUGCUUCAGGAAAAAAGUGCUGCAGAAGAAAGCACUAAAAGUCAUCAACAGCCUUUUAAAGGAGGAAACAGCGAUCCCUCUGGUCUCCCAUCCCACUCAGAAGAUAAUGCUGAAAAUUCCCACAUCAGAAGAAAUUCUGGAACAAGCGCGGGUGGCAUGGCCAUUAUGUCAACAGGAAGUGGACUGUCUCCUUGGAGAGAUCAUGCAGCGGUGGUUGUGGAUGACAGUUCUCGUGGCUCACAGCCUAGGGAAACCAGUGGGACAGCUGGAUCAGACUGCCAAAAGCUGACUGCCAGAACGCCCUCUGACUCAGAAAGCCAAGCCUCUGCCCUAACGCCAGCGUUGCAUAAGCUGCAGCUUGCCGCAGGGGCUCAGACAGGGGCAGCAGACCCGCAGUCGGGACCCAGGCCAUCAGGAAGUCAGGAGACAAAUACAGCAGAGGUGAGGAAGCUUGGAGAUGAAACACAAAAGUUGGCAUGGGAUCAACCUUUACUCCCUGGAGGAAAUAAUAAAAAUAUAACCAACACGGGUGACCUAGAAACAAAAGCAGACAGAUGCUCAGUUAAACACAGAAGGGCAAGCAGAAAAAUCCCAGCUAGGGAUUUAAGUACCAGAAAACACGUAGCUACUGUCUUCUCCCAAAGUGAAAGCAAAUCUGGCUUUCCGCGGCUAUCUCUUUGCAGACCAGAGGACGGCCCACUCUCCCCUGAACCUACUGUAAACUCCACAGACUCCGCAGAUAAAAGCAGCCUGACGAAUGUGAGCAAAUCUGAGACCUUUCUCCAGGCUACUGCAAUACCCAACCCAGAACCUCCUUGUCAGUCCUGUAAUCAGGAGUCUAACACUCCACCACCACAUCAGAACGAGUCCAACAGUGUCUUAGAAACACCACCAAAGAGUGAGGGUUCUAAAGCCCGGACUUCAGGGGAGUCGGAAGCCCCAGCGCAGCUUACACUCGCCAGCCCCUUAGAAAACAGCUCUGACCGUCGGCAGAGGUUAAGUCCUUUACCCCUGGAGCCUGCACAGAAAUCUACAAUUGACUUCUCCCAGGGUCAGCUGCGCGACAGGAGUGCUCCGUCUCCUGAGCCACACCUCUAUCGGUCCAAGAGUUUAAAAAACUUCAGUGUGGGUGGUGACCUGCUGUGCGCAAGCCAGCCUCCCAAAGCCAGGGGGCGCCACUUCUCUGAAAACACUUCCAUUGACAGUGCUCUGAGGCAACUGUCCCUUGAAGAUGACUCCUCCCACCACAGCGGCUACAGUCGAAGAUUCAAAUCUUUUUCUGAGCUUCCCGCCUCUUAUGAAGGCGAAAGUUGGGCUUUGCAUAACAGGACGCGAGUGGGCCCGAAGUCCACCUCAUCCAUUUCCAGGCCUAUUGAUUAUGGGAUUUUUGGGAAAGAGCAGCAGUUGGCUUUCUUGGAGAAUGUCAAACGGUCACUCACACAAGGAAGAUUAUGGAAGCCAAGUUUUCUCAAGAACCCUGGCUUCCUCAAGGAUGAGGUACUUAAUGCUUCCAACCUCUCGCAGUCAGAGCUGUUAAAUUCUCCUGGUGGUCAGGCGCCAGAAGACGGCUUAUUUUUAAACGCACCACUUAAUAUCUAUGAGGAGGACCCCGUGGACCCAAUGGACUCGGACUGGGACACAGACACAACCACAGAUGACGAAUACUACCUGGAUGAAAAUGAUAAAGAGUCAGAACUGUGAGACUUUUGCAAGAAACUGUAUAAUAUAAUACUUUCACUGUUUUUUAACCAAAAGUUUACCAUUGAAAUGAGUCUAAAUUUAUAGACAGAUAAAGAAGAUCCAGUUUGAGCAGUGUCUACACCAAAACAACCCAUUCCUUUCUAUUCCAUUUUUCCCCCUUCUGAAUUCUAAGAACAAUGCUUAUUGGUUUUGAGAGGUCUUGUUUGCUUGUUUUUCCUGCUAUUUUCUUCUGGUGUGUUUGCCUUUCUUGUAUCUUCCCCCAACCUUAUAUCUAAGCCACUUUUCAGUGUUAGCUCUAUUUUCCUUAUCGUUUUCACACAUCUCUUACCCCUAAAGGUUUGGGGACAGGUUCAGCCUUGCUACUUGCUAAUUACCCAGCACAGUCGCUAGGCUGAAUUGCCUCUCUGUCCACAGCCUGAAUUCAAGAGGUUAAAUUUAAUAUAGGGAAAGCAAUCGUCAGGUGAAAAACUGUCAGCGCAUGUUUUCAUUUAUGCCGUGCCACAGAGGCUGGAAGGGGACAUCAGAGCUCCUAGAUUGGGAGUGACAGGUGGGGUCGUGUGGGUAGCAACCCUGGUCCUCUGCAGGAGCUCUUAACCACAGAGCACUGUCCAGCCACAGGACGAAGGGGCUGUUCUGAGAGAAUCCUUGCUCUUCUGUAGUGGGCCCUUAAACACCUGGUUAGACGACAUGUCGAGGUUAUGAACGAAGCAUUGUGGAUUUCUCUGGAACAGUUUGUGGUGGUUGGAUGAAUUUCUGAGCUUAGAGCGGGGACGAAACACAAACGAUGCAGGCAGUGAGUGCAGCUUGGCCACGCAGACAAAAGCUAAUGGGUGGAGAUGACAGAAAGCUCUUUGCUGGACCAGCUUUAUUUUGCUGCUCUCUCCACAACUGUCUUUCCCAUCUCCCCAGACCUGUGCUUUUUUCAUCUCCUUAUUUAUAGCCCAGGCUGGGCCUUCUUAAACUUCUCUUACUUCAUGUCUUUGUAGUUUGGGGAAUUUUUACAUGACUUCGGGUAUAUACAUAUAUAAAAUAGAGACACAAAUCAAAUAUUCACUGAUAACUCAAAUUUAUUUUAAAACCAGUUUCUGGCUUGCACACAAAUUUACCAUUUGUUUAAGGUAAGAACAAAACAUAUACUAAUGAGCUAGAUGUAUCUGUUUGCCUAGCACAGAGCAGUCUGAGGACAGGCUAAUGUUACCCACUUGCUGGAGAAUAAAUUGAAGAGAAGUCUUUGUUGCUGUAAUUGCUCUUCAAUAUGAGCAGAGAUCUUGCCAUGUGCAGUAAAAACAUCGCAGAACUGUGUCAGAUCUCCUCUCCCCACUUUCCUUUCCUCUCUCCCUGCACUCUCUUCUCUUCUUCCUCCCAGGACAAGGUGUCCAUGCUGUGUGUGUGAGCCAAGGCUGCAGUGAAGCCACACCAGGCACCAUGGGAAAAGCAGGGCCAGGAUUCAUUACAUGGUUAAUUUUGAAUUGUUUGUUGUGUUUGUUCAGUGCACUUUCAGAAACUUUUACUGCUGCCAUUUUUUUUUUGUAACCCCACAUUCAGUUAUGCAACCCCAUAAAGAGUGAGGGCACACAGUCUAAGAAGCUUUGGGUUAGGACACGAGAAGGAUUUUAGUGGGAACCUUGGAAGAAUCCUUAAGAUGCUGGAUCAGACACGAUGUCUGGGAACCACUUGGCUCCUCUGCUGACCCAUCCUUCAAGCCCUCAGGAACAUCUAACUCAAAACUCCUAAUUUACUGUAAGCCACGUGUGAUACCCAUUGUCAAUUCGGCUUCCUACCUCUUUAGUUGCUACCUAGAAAAAUCUGGAGCUUUCUCGCCUCUAAUUCAAGAUCAAGGUCUAUGGUUGAGGCCGAGGGUGAUGGAGACCUGAGCAGCCUGGGAUGACAGGAGUGGAUUUUGUCCUAUAUAGCUGUUUUCUGACAUACUUAUAUCUUCCAGAUAAACUGAAGCUAAGGACAGGUGUGGGCAAAGGGUACAGAGAUCUGGCGCCGACACAGAUGCAAGAAAGAUCUAUAUUAUUAUUAUUAUUGCCCUCGUAAUCAUUGUCUGGCCUCAAAGCCCCACGCCUGGGCUAGUUUACAUUGGUCCCGUAAGACUCAGAACUAAUAAAGGUGAGGUCACUGGCAUUUCCUUCAGCCUGUCCGCUCAAACUUUGAGCUCCAGCCAAUUUGAAGCUCAAAAAGAUGCCUAAACCAACUGUCCUGAACUGAUUCAAACUUGAAUAGUAAAGAAAAAAAUUUGUCUAAAAACAAAAAACUUAAGCACAUGCCUUUCCUCUUGCUGUUUACCUGAUUAUUUGAGUAAACCUCUCACAUAUUAUGACUUUUGUGUGACUUUAAUAUAUUCUGAGAUAUUUUAACAGUAAGAUCUUGGUUGUUGUUUUUUUUUUUUUUUUUUAAUGAUCACCAUGAGAUACUAUUUCAGUAAAUAUUUUGAGCCUACAUGAGUCUGCAAGAGGUGACACAAAGUCGGCUUGCUUUUGAACAAGGUGAGGCUCUGAGUGGGGGAAGUGGGUAAGAAGGACAGAUGCUUUGGAGGCCCUGACUCUGCGCCGGAACGUGCUUUCCAUAUGGAAAGGUUCCUGGCUGCCCCGCUUGUCUGCACCAUGUGUAAGGAUCACUGCUUGUGGGGUGAGGGAGGAGAAAAACGGUGAUUUCACAAAAAUACAACAGCACCUUCACUGUCCUAGAGUUUAUGAAGCACUUCGUUGAAGAAGUCUAGAGUCUGUCUUCGUGUUGUAAUACGUAGACUGCUUUUUGAUGAUCAUUUUGGGCACAGCUGUGGUAACUUUAAUGAUGGUCAUUUCAUAUUUUUCCUAAACUAUAUAAUCAUUUAUAAUAUAUAAAUAUAUAUAAUCAAUUACAAACAGUAAAACACUAAUUGAUCAAUGCUAAUAAGUUCCUAGGAAACUACUAGUCUGCUUAAAUAUUAGGUUAACACGGCUAUAAAUAUUGUGUUGUUAAAUUUGUUUUACGUGGAGUUUAGGAAGAUUAUUUUAUUUUUUAGAUACUCCCAUCUGAAGUUUACUCUCCCAUCAUAAAUACAUUGAUUUUCAUAAAACUCCCAUUGCUACUAACACGAGUUUGGUGUUAAGGAGAAUGUCAAAAGGGAAAACUGGUUUGUAUAAGAAAUAAAGGUGGUUAACAAGGUUGCUGAAAGAAUUCUACUGCGGUUGUGGAAAAGAUGAGGAUCAAGUGGAAAAUCCACAGCGCUGUAAAAACAAGCGUCUCUAUUGACUGCUGUUGUGUUCUACCAGGCCUUACUGCUUAGAGCUUAUUGUCUAUAGUGGAGUCUUGGGAUGCCCUACCUACAUGUACAGUAUAGAUACGUAAAUAUAUUAGUUUGCAAGUUUGCAUUACUGCUUAAUGGCCCUUUGUGACCAAUAAUUCCAUUCCGAAACAAUAAGCCAUAAUCAGCACCUUUGUUAAAACUGUCAAGACUCCUCUUACGGUUUUCCUCAGAUCUGUUCCCAAAGCGUGGACUAUGGACUAGAAGGUGAAAUCUUGUAAUGAUGCUUUUGUCGAAAUAAAGAACUUAA